AUGACUAAAAGAAAACCUUAAUUUGACAUAGGGAAGGAAGAGGAUGAUGAUGAAGCCUUACCUGUAGUCGGAGUUAACAAUACUCCAGAAGAAAUUCAGGAGAGAAAGUAUUUUGUGUGAAUAAAAUAGAAUUUUGAAGAUCAAAGGAUUAAAAGAAAAAAAUGAUAACCAAAAUACAAAAAUAGUAAUAACUGCCCCACCGCCAUCAUUUGAACAAGCGGGAUCUGACUAAAAACUGUCAACACCUCCUAAAAAGUUCUAACCAACGAACAUCUUCAAUUCUCAACAAGAAAAAUUGUUUUUCAAUACUCAGCCAUUGAAUAGUUUAUAAUUACCUAAGAAAUAAAACAAUAAUAUGGGAUUGGUGAGUCCAAUAAUAGAAUUUAAAUCAAUUCGAAAGAGUGACAAAUCAAUUACUUCUCCAAAUUAGGAGACUAAUAAAAAAAUAGAAAUUUUAGAUGUAAAUUUAAGAUUAAGACAUAGAAUAAAUUAAAGAAAAUAAAAAUAGAUGAUAAAGAGCAUGAAAAUAAAGAAAUCACAUUCACAAUAGAAAAGGUAGGAGAUGAUCACAAAAUAAGAGUUGAGUAUAAUUAUUCCAUUAAUAUAUAGACCUGAUAUAUUUGAAGGACUGAUUGAGAAGGAGAAAACAAAGAAAGAGAAUAAUAUAGUGAGAUUAGAAUGUAAAAAAGAAUAAGAAGUGCAUGCAUUACAACUAGAAUUUGUUAAUGAAAAAGACUAUGAAUAAUUUAAUCUAUGA